CCAACAUUCUGAAUAUAAUGUUGCUCAAUUAGGGUGUAGUUAUCUUUUUCUCAUGCUUCGUAAAUAUACACCGAGUCAUCAUCACUUUUGAAGAAAAUAAUCUUCAAUCACGUCUUUUUGGAUUGUGCGUUGUGAAUUCGUUCCGCAAAAGAAUCAUGUUGGAUUUUUUAGUUACUUUAACGUUGUUUAACACGACUGUGCUGUUUAUACCGGUUUUAUGUAUCAGUUAUCUUGUCGUGAAAGUAUCUCAAUCAAUCUGGAUCAGCUCCAUAUCCCUUCUUCAUCCAGAUGUUGAAUUUGUCAACUACUCAACAGUUAGAAUUCUUCUGGACACGCAUAGAAAUCAGGGAAUUAUUGCUGUACUGUUGGCGAUUAAAGGAAAAGAAAAUCCUGAAGCGAUUAAAAGGCACUUGCAGGAGCUAGUAAGGAGACGCGAUAAGUGUGGAAACUUAAUAUUUGUAAGACUGCAGCAAAGAUUAACCACCAGAUGUGGUACUUACGGAUGGCAACGUGGACAUUUUGAUUUGGAACAACAUGUAAGCCUGGCAAGCUUUACUUAUAAAGGACGAGCUGUUACUGAAUUCAAUAUACAAGAAUAUGUGAGUGAAAUUGUGUCCAAAUACCUGCCCGCUGACCAAUCCCCAUGGCAGGUGAUUAUUAUCCCAACUUCAGAAGACAAUCACUAUGUCUUGUUCAAGAUUCACCACAUACUUCUUAGUGAAGGAGUAAAUGUGGGUGAUCUUUUACCUUUGAUUCCUCCCGCCAAACAAUUUGGAACUGUGUCUCACAAGAGUCCCAUAAUCGAUGUGCUAAAAAAACCGAAAGCAAUUGUAGCCCUCAAAGAGAAGGUUGCUGAUGAAGUCUCAAAUUCAUGGAAUGAGUUUAUCGGCACGUACGAGCCCUUGGAGUGUCCAGAGCUUCUUAAAAAUACGCCGACAAUAACGCAGUUCCUAGCAACUAGCUUCAUAACUCUCAUCUCUAUCAUUAAAGAAUGUCGUAGGGGUUUCAGAGUUAUUAAACCUGAUAUAUUUUCCAAGUUCAGAUACCUUGUCUUAACAUAUUGCAAUGAAACCAGCAAAAGGCAAGUUUCUCUAGCGAAUUUCUUUAGGUCAAUUUUAGCUUCUCUUAGCCCCAAAAAUGGUCUAUAUGUGGGUUUUCACAUGUUUUGGUUUUUAUUCGUUUCAAUUCCAAUCCGUUUGCCUAUAGCGCUUUAUGCAGAAUCAGUCGCUCUCUAUACAUGUGUGACCCUCAAAUACUGUCCCUACACGCAUACAAUUGUAGGGAUUUUAUACUACUACGUACCCUUGAUUUACAACUCUCUAUUUGAGGUAGUGGAUAUGAUGAAAAUAUUAUUCCUGGCGCCAAGAACAAUCAUCCAGGAGAUUUUGCUUCAGGAAGAGUCGUUGCAGACCAUCACGUUAUGUGGCCGUAAAGCUGUAGCAUGGAGUGAUCCCGUUAAAACGGAACUGAUAAAAAACACUGCCAUGAAACUUGGAGUAUCGGAAACAGAAAUUUCAUUGUCCGCUUGUGCAAUGUGCAUAUCAAAGUACUUUGCACAAACCAACGAAAACAUUCCAAUCGUAUUGCCCGUUACCAUGAGGAACAUCAGUUCCCAAUAUCUUUUCGCCACUGGUCCAAACAUCAAACCCGAAGAUUCCGUUAGCGGUAUGAUUUGCCUCAAUCUUCCAAUUGUAGAUACGCAAUCAGACGCAACUCAACUAGACAAUCUCAGAGUUUUGGAACAAAAAUUCAGGUCUUCUAUUGAGCAACAGGGACUUUCACAUUUGCUCACGCUGCUGCAGACGCGGUUUGGAAUCCUAACUAAGUUUUUACCUUCAACGUUUCUAAGCGUUUAUCUGAAGUAUUUGUCGAGGAAGUAUAUAGUUACAUUUAUGGAGGUGUCGAAUCGAUAUCCAAAUGUUACUCAAAGAACUUUAUGGGGACAGGAAGUCGUUAGUGCGAUUUAUUGGAGACCACCACAAGCUAAUACAAGUAUAUCUCUCUGUAUAAACGAAUACGCAGACCAUAUCCGAUUGGGUGUAAUGUGUGAUGCUCAGCUAGUACCUCAUCACCCAGUUUUAGUUCGAGGAUUUCCAGAAUUUGUUAAGGAUCUUGCUGAAACGAUGAAAUAAAACGAAUGCAAUUUUCCAACAAAAUUUCGUUUUAUAUCCACUUAUAUGAUAUAAACUAAAAUAUUGAGUAACAACAAAUAUUGUAUAAAAUUAUUUUAGGGCAUAUUUAUUAAGCGAAGACAACUGUAUGUUUUUUAUUGGAACUAUUAACUGGCUAUACUAAGCUGGAAAACAAUAUACCUUAUCAUAUCCACGCAUGAAAAUAAAUUGAAAUUCAAGCCA